AUGGGCGUGAAGGACCGCACGAAAGAGUUCGCCGCCGCAUCGCGGACGGGCGCGAACAGCGAGUUCGCGAAGAUGGCGUCGCGCGUCGGGCACGGUAUCCACGGCACGAGCGAAAAACUCGAACGACUCGCGCAGCUGGCGAAGCGAACCGGCGCGUUCGACGACCCGUCGAGGGAGAUCGCGGAGCUCUCCGCGGUCAUCAAGCAGGACAUCACCGCGCUGAACACCGCGAUCGCGGAGCUGCAGACGCGCGCGGCGACGCAGAGGGAAGACGGCGCGGCGUCGAGGCAGAGCGCGGCGCACGCGGGCACCAUCGUGGACACGUUGAAGGGCCGUUUGAUGGGCGCCACGAAGAGCUUCAAGGAGACGCUCACGGAGCGCGCGGAGAGCGUGAAGCAGCAGCAGGCGCGCCGCGCGAUGUUCGACGGCGGCGGAGCGGGAGGGCAGAGAGAGAGGAGCAGCGGCGCGGGCGGGCUCCCGACGUACAGCGCGGGGUCGUCGUCGUACGGGAUGUACGGCGACGAGAGCCAGCAGAUGCUCAUGCACUCGUCGAGCCGGCAACAAGACUCGAGGACCGAGGCGCUGCAAAACGUGGAGCGGACCAUCACCGAGCUCGGCGGGAUCUUUCAACAGCUCGCGACGAUGGUCGCGGAGCAGGGCGAGAUGGCGGUUCGGAUCGACGAGAACGUGGACGACGCGGUGAUGAACGUGGACAGCGCGCAGACGCAGCUGCUGAAGUAUCUGAAUCGGAUCAGCAGCAACCGGUGGUUGAUCAUGAAGAUUUUCGGCGUGUUGAUUUUUUUCCUCACGUUUUUCGUCGUGUUCAUCGCGUGA